AUGUAUUAUAAUAGGCCAAUUUACUACUAUACUACUACUUCUACAACAACCACUACUACAACAACACCGACAACGACAACCGAGGAAACAACUACCACACCAGAGGGUACAACCACACAAGAAGAAACAACCCCAACACCUGAAGAUACAACCACACAGGAGGAAACAACCCCAACACCAGAGGACACAACCCCAACACCUGAAGAUACAACUACACCAGAGGAAACAACUCCUACACCUGAAGAUACAACCCACACGCCUGAGGACACAACCCCAACGCCUGAAGAUACAACCACGUCAGAGGAAACAACUCCUACCCCAGAGGAUACAACACCCACGUCUGAAGAUACAACCCCCACAGCAGAGGAUACAACUCCCACACCUGAGGACACAUCCCCGCCGUCCGAAGAAACAACUCUCCCAUCAGAGGACACAACUCUCCCACAAGAGGAUACAACACCACCCGCUGAAGAUACAACUCCUCCACCAGAGGACACAACUCUCCCACAAGAGGAUACAACCCCGCCCGCUGAGGACACAACUCCGCCGCCUGAAGAUACAACUCCUCCACCAGAGGAUACAACUCCGCCGUCUGAGGACACAACUCAGCCGCCUGAGGACACAACUCCUCCACCAGAGGAUACAACUCCGCCGCCUGAAGAUACAACUCCUCCACCAGAGGAUACAACUCCGCCGUCUGAAGACACAACAGAAUCAACGAGUGAUGUUACACCAGUUUCUGAUGAAACUCGUACUGAUAUUACAACUCCAACUGGAACAGAAGGUACUCCGCCAACACCAAAGCCUCCAUGUCCUCCAGAUUACGAAUUCUUUAAGGAGGGAAAUUGUUGCAUUCUAAUUUCCUCGCCAGAGAAAAAACCAUUAACUUGGAAAGAAGCUAGUGAGGAAGCGAAGAAGAAUGGGGCUCGAAUGGCUUCCAUACAUUUUAAAAAGGAGGAUGAUUUUAUAAGAAAUCUUGUGGAGAAACAACCAAAAGGACAGGGUAAAGACAACCCUGUCUACUUUACUGGAUUACAAGUAAAUGCCACAAAUGGAAAGAUUGACAAGUUCACGUGGUCUGACAAUACUCGUCCGAAUACGGAUCCUUGGGGACCAAAAACUACAUUUAAUGGAAAUACUGGAUUUGGUGGAAUUUCAAAAGACCCGAGCGGAAAGGCAACGUGGGGUCUUUAUGAUCCGAAUCAAAAGGGAGGUUAUGUGUGGAAGAUUGACUUGGCCAACAAAGUACCGGAACCAGGCAAUCCAACAGGAGGAGUUGGCCCAGUAGGGAAUAAUGGAUUACCGGCUGGUUAUAAAUGCACUACAGGCUGUAAUCCGUCUUCUAUAAAAUUGAAGGCAGAAAAAGGGCAACCAAGUCCGGUUGAUGAAGGACCUGUAGAAAAAAAUGGGUGCCAAACUGAUGUGUUGAGUUGUACAACAAAUCAACCAAUUGCCACUAUAGCGUUUGGAACCCAAGGAAGUCUUAAAUCCAAUCAACGUGAUAAAAGAAAUGUGAGAGCUCAAGUAUUUUGUGUUGAGGAAGAGAAAACCAAGAAGAAAGGAUGGAUUAGAAAUGGGGUAGAUAAUAAUCCAAAAUUAUUCUUCAUUGAAGAGGUAAAGAUGAGAGAAAAAUAUUUAAAUAAUUUUUAA